AUGGCCAUCGACCGCAGCCGCAAGCGAACGAGGCUCGCCAUGGUUGUGGUGCGCUCGCCCACGCACCAGGGACUCGGCGAUGCGUUGCUGGAGGACCAACAGCGCGUUCAGAUGCAGCGACAAGCCGGGGACUCGCGGCAGAUCGUGGUCAUGGCGUCGCCCGAGGAGCUCCGAGCCGCCAGAGCUGCUCGGCCAACAGCAACAGCAUCGACAUCGACAUCGCCGCUGGCUGCUGCGGCGCCUUCCCCCGUCGCUACAGAGACCCAGCGACGCCUGCUCGCGUACGCACACAGAGCACGGCGCUUCCUGUCGCAUCGCGCGGUGGCGGACAGCUUGAGUCGCUCGCGCCGCAGCGAGAUGCUGAGCGAGAUCCAGCGCCUGAAGGAGGAGAUGCGGCGGCUGCAGGGCGAGAUCGAAGUCACGACUCGGUGCGUCGAGAGCAUGGAGCGGCUCGCAUUUCACCUGGAGCGACUCACGCGCGACUUCGUGCCUGGUGGGGGCGGUGCUUCCGAUCAUGGCCCGAAGCCCAUCGAGUUGCAGGUUCCAUCGUGCGAGUGGGACUUGCCCGCGCAGGCAGGCGGCGGAUAUGAACAUUGGUGUUGGAAAUCACAUCCUGGUGAGUCACGUGCGCCACCAAGUCGAAAACCAAACAAUCGUGACCCAGCUCCGACGCCCUCUUUCAGACGCCGGACAGAGGAGUCGUCGGCUAACCGCGGCCGGGCUCAACUUGCUGCGUCGUCGAGAAAUGCUUUUGUUGGGAAUCGCGAUGCAAAGACACGGGGCUGCUUGGGCGAACACGGCCGAACGCAAACGAACGGUUCACUGGAGCAAGAAGGCAAGCAAGCUCCGGCCGAAGGCUGCCCUCCCUCAUUUCACAAGUCGUCGCCUUCGCAAGACUCCGGUCUGCUCGUCAUGAUUCUGGAUCGAUCACGACGACGUCGAUACAGCCACCGCGCCUUGCGGGUCAUUCGCUCGCCCACGCGCCAGGGGCACCAACGGCUUCUCUCGGAGACGCCACAAGCGCAACCCGUGGUGGUGCUGCCUGCGGAGUUGCCACCUCGAGUAGAGCAUGCCCAAGGACAAGAGUCGAAUAAUAGGCCAGCUCCAGCUCCGCCGCCACCACCACCGACUACUCCGGCCUCGACGUCGCUGGCCACCACGCAACGUCUCCUGGUCGCUCAUGCGCAGCGGGCUCGACACGUACUGUCGAAUCGCUCGACGGUGGAGGCCCUCCGCCGCACACACCACCAAGACGUUUUAGAGGAGAUCGAGCAGAUGAAAAAGACCAUUCAGACGCUGCAGAGCCGAAUCGAGGUCACGGCCCAUAACGUCGAGACCAUGGAGAACCUCAUCGUCCAGCUGCAGCGCAUCACGAGCGGUCUGCACGAGUCGAGCGACGGCGCCAGCACGUCGGCAAGCUCGUCCUUCAGCAAUCCUUGA